UUUAUUUUGGAAUAUUGUGUGUUUAUGGUUUUAGUUGCUCGAUUCUCUAUCAGUAAUUCAAUUAUUUCUAAUUGAAUCGUGCACAAGUACCGUUUACUUGUUUACAUUGUUAUAAAACGAAGAAUAAGUGAAAGAUUUUAACAUACUUACGCGUCGAUCUAAAGUGUAAAAUUUUGCUGAUGGUCGUAUCCAAUAAGGAGCCGUUUCAAUACGAAUAUGCUAUGCAAAGAUUAUAAAAUCUAGUUAAACUAAAUUAUCACGCGAUGAAGCCAAGUCCGAAAAAAUCCCUUUCGAAGCUUAAACAGCGCUCGAAAUCGUCCGCUGGCAGCGGCACUCACUCGAAUUCGUCCGCAACUGGAGGUACCACAUCGGUGAAUUCGAACAGCAUUGGAAACAACGUAUCCGGUUCGACACAUUCCAGGUCAAAUCAUCACAGUGCGCAGCUGUUGAGGGCCACCGGUGGCAGUGAUACGAAUUCUUCCGGAAACGAUGGAAACAUUUCGUCUCUUACGAAAGAUAAGAGUUCCUUUCAGUCGUAUGCCGGCUUUAGUUCGCGUUCGAUUCGAACAAUUUGGGAACAGCAUGAUAAGCAGGAAACUGAAGUAUCACCGGAGGUGUACAAUAAGCUUGCAGAGGAUACAACGUACAAGCUGUGGGAAUUGACAAACAAUGUUAAAACUUAUGGUCGACACUCUAGUGGUAAGAUUACCUAUGAUCUUGUUAAUGAAGUGCUUAAGGAUUGCGAUGUUCCACCGAUUGUGGGGGCCAACAACGAACCCUGGGACAAAAUCGAAUACGAUGGAGUUUAUUUUUUUAAUUCGGAUGAAGUGUUAGAUCUCCGUGAGGAAUACAUCAAAGAUGUAACGAUAGAACAAAGCAACAUACCCGUGCUAACAACGACAUGGAUGGCCGAAUCGGCAAUCGCUGAAGAUUUACUCGAACUGUACAAUAAUGUAUGCGAUGCCGUAUAUAUAGGUGACGAAGAAUGUUUCGAGGAAGCCAUCGCAAUUUUAUCUUCAAAUCCUCAUGUUCCUUCGCUGAUGAAGCUAUUAUUGACAAAGGCCAUUGAAAUGCUUGGUUUCGAGUAUGCAGAAAACACUCUGACGCGGUCCCUGCAAUUUAUAGAGGCGAUGAUGCGAAAUUAUCACGUAGCACAUUCGGAUCUGACGCUAGAACUCAGUUUACUAAGUCAAAUAUUUGUGAAUUUACUGCUGGGACCUCCCAGCCUAAUAAAUGCGAAUGUUGUGCCAACCCAACAGCUGAAUCUAGAUCUGCAGCCCCCACAAAGUGAUGCGUCCCAGCAUCAGCAGCCUCUCUCAAUUGCUCAAAACGGAACAGAAUCCUCACUGGGAUCGGGUCCGCCAUCGCAAAACAACCUCGCGGAUCAACUGCAGUCCGGCUUUAACACUGCAAUGGUUCCAAUGAACAUACUGGAAAACCAACUGACCGGUCCGUCUGAGGAUUCCAAUAAUUCGAAUUCAAAUACGACGGAAGAAUUACUGAGAAGCAUUGGAAACAUUAAAGAAGGUCCGGACGAAAUCGAUAUCAACAAUAUCAAGGAUGAGUACGAAGCUUUGUUUUCCAUGGUUCAAGGGCUUGGUAAACACGAGGACGCAGCGACUGAAGGUCAUGAAAACAUAACCGGAAAUGAAGAGUUUCAAAUCAAGACUGAAUUUACCGGCGACUUUGAUCCAGCCUCUACGCCAAAUUUUUUGGCUCAACAAAGCGCUGGCGCCCUUCCUACACUAGAAGAGACAAGGCCUAGCUACGAGGUUAAACAGGAAUUAGAUGUAAGGCUGAAGGAGGAACCGGAUGCAAUGGUUGUUGAGGAUCCCGAUGAAAAUGUCAGUCUGCAGAUGUCCGAGAGCACCAAUGGUGAGGUUAUUAAUCCAAACUCCACUACACUGGAAAGUGAAAACAUCACUACGCUAAUAUGCGGAGACCAUCUGGUGGACGAUGUCAUUCGAGUGAUUGGCCUGUGCGUUAGCAAGUGGGGCUUUGUCGAGCAGGAGUGUACUUUUUUAAUGGUAGAACGGCUGCAGCGCUAUUUCGGUGGGGAGAAAAAACCGUUCGAUAACGAUUACAACUGGCUAACGCGACUGGUUCGCGGACUGUGGGCCGUUGGAGAGUUUGCCUUCCGCGAGCUGACGGCGUACUUUGAGUUCAUCGAGCCGGACGUUGUCCCGGAGUAUGUGAACUGUUAUCUGAAUAGUGCUGCUAUAUUUCUUUGUGGGCGGAGCGAUAUAUUCUUUUACGAGUAUCUAAGCGAGAUUUGCAGCGACGGAUUGGUUCCGUUUACGUUUCAGUACGAACAAUACAUAGAAAGGAAGCAUCAGAACUUAAACCAGCUUUGCAAACGCUCCAACCAGAGCAAACAUCGUUACAAAAUUAAAGCAAAGGUGCUGCUUAAAACACACGCAAAAUCUUCCUCGCUGAAGCCGCCCCCUUCGGUUAAUGAUCUCUUUCCGGAGAGGACCGAAAAAGAGCUCACCGGUCACAACAGUCUGCGUCCACCGGCAAGUCGAUUUAGUUUUCGCUUUGCAGGUUGUCGACCGGUUGCGCUUAAAAGCAGCAAACAACGCAUUCUUGGCACCGCACGAUCGUCACUAUUCGGCGGACAGGAGAAACAAACCACGGCGGCUAGUGGACAGCCUGCGUUGCGACAGAACGAAAGCAUGCUGACAAGCUUCCACACGAAGGUUGUGAUCGCACACAGGAAACUGUUGUCCCCCGACACGAACCAGUGCAUGCCGCGUCGCGUCUAUUGUUACGGAUCGACUACUCUUUGAACUGUUUAGGUUAGCAAUAUAAUCUGUGCU